AUGACCACCCGUGACCAGCGCGCCGAGCUGCUCAGAGACGCGGGAUGGAACCUGUUCCGCCUGCGCUCCGAGGACGUCAUGGUGGACCUGCUGACGGACAGCGGCACCGGCGCCAUGAGCGCGGCCCAGUGGGGCGCGCUCAUGAUUGGCGACGAGUCGUACGCGGGGGCCAGGUCGUGGUUCCGCUUCCGGGACGCCGUGGCUGAGCUGACCGGCUUUCCUUUAGUUGUGCCCACGCACCAGGGGCGCGCAGCCGAGAGGAUCCUGUUCGAGUGCCUGGGCGUGCGAGACAAAGUGGUGGCAUCCAAUGGUCUGUUCGACACGACGAGGGCCAAUGUCGAGAGUCAGGGGGGUACCGGGCUGGACAUCCCGUGCCCGGAGGCGAGCAAACCUGAGCUGGAGGCGCCGUUCAAGGGGAAUAUCGACGUCGGCAAGCUGGAGGACCUCUUGUCCGAACAGGGCCCUGCGUUGGCAGCAGUUGUCAUGACGGUGACCAACAACACCGGAGGGGGCCAGCCCGUGUCCAUGGCGAACAUCCGUGCGGCGUCGCGGCUCUGCCGCAGGCACGGCGUCGGAUUCUAUUUGGAUGCAUGCAGAUUCGCGGAGAACGCCUAUUUCGUACAGCAAAGGGAGCCCGCGUACAUGGAGGCGUCAGUAAAGUCCAUCGCGCAGGAAAUGUUCUCCAUGGCAGACGGCGCAACAUUCAGCGCGAAGAAAGAUGGUUUGGCGAACAUCGGAGGAUUUUUGGCUGUAUCGAAUGAGCGCCUGCACCAGUCCAUAGAGCAAGCCUUGAUUUUAACGGAGGGAUUUCCGACGUAUGGAGGAUUGGCAGGCCGGGAUUUGGAUGCCAUUGCCGUCGGACUUCAGGAGGUCGUCCAGGAGAGCUACGUCGAGAACAGGGUCUCCGACGUGCGGUACCUUGGGGAGGGCCUGCUGGCCGCCGGGAUGCCCAUCAUCCGGCCCCCGGGCGGCCACGCCAUCUACGUGGACGCCGGCAGCCUCCUGCCGCACAUCCCGCCUCGACACUUCCCGGGGCAUUCCCUGGCCUGCGCCCUGUACAAAGAGGGCGGCAUCCGGUCCUGCGAAAUCGGCAGCUUCAUGUUUGGGGCCCCCGAGGACCAGACCGGGCAGGCCAAGGGACAAGACCAAGCUGAGCGCCGACUGGAGCUGUGCCGCUUGGCGGUGCCCAGGAGGGUGUACGGGCGCGCCCACUUGGAUUACGUCGUCGACGUGGCUGCUGACGUGGCUAAGGGGAGGGGGCAGCUGGGGGGGUACGAGAUUGUGGAGGCGCCGCCGAGGCUGAGGCACUUCAGCGCGUCCCUGAGGCCGCUGGCGUCGAGGGCAGUUGAUAUGAAGCUGGACUUGGACGUGGGGUUGGGGCAGCUGGGCGGGCCGGGACGCUGUGGCGAUGCAAAGCAGGGAAAAGAGGCCGCGGGUGUGCCGGUGGGCAAAUGA